GUCAAAGAGGUUUGAAAUCUUUGUUGUCCCUGUUUUCCUAGAGAAUAGCAAUUUUAUAGUGUUUAGUCUACCAAUUUAGAGAGUAUUAUGAAGUUUUACUAAAUUAAUUGAUAAAAAAUUAAAACGGUGUCCAUGUACCAUGAAAGAGAGUUUAAUAUACAUUAAUACAAAAUGUAAAAUGUGUUUAGAAAUUUUAAACAACAUUUAAGAUCAUAGAUUUCAGUAUAUAUAUAGUAUUUACCGAAAAAAUCAAUGUUUUUGUAGGGUAUAUACGUGAUAAGUUCCAUUAUGAAUAGUAGUUAACCAAUGUCAAACAGUUAUCAUUUUGAUUAGGUAAUAUGGUGGUUGGAAAGAGCUUCCACGCGGUUUGAAAAACCCCUGAAAAGCUCUAGACCUGCACAUAUAUUUGGUAGACUAGUUGUAAAACUUAGGUUGUUCUUAUUCCUUUAUAACAUAUUUUAUAAUAGUUUACACGUUUCCUCACUACUUUUGUUUGCUUCUUCAAUUAAAGUUUUGGAUGCAAAGCGUGCGCUGGUUCCCCUCAAGAUUUCAUUUCAUGUGCUCGUAUUAAUAAAAUAGAACAAUGUAUGUGCAUUUUGUCCAAAACUCAUGCACGUCUACUUUGUGGCAGACCACAACGGUCAAAAGUCUCUCUAAAAUAUCAUUCUUUAGUGGAAUAUAGCUUAAAUUAAUAAGACGCAAUAAAUGCAGUGUGUGAGAUGGACUAGUUAGCAUACGCAGAGCUGUACAAGGAUGAUGAGGCUUAAGACAACCAAAAUUUUCAACAUAGCAUGUCCACAUAGCUUCUAAAAUUUAUUAUCUAAAGUUUAUAAGGGUUACUGACUGACUGUUUAUUAGUUUCUGUAAGAGAAAAGUUUUACACGUAAAUAUAAAAUAUAGAGAAAUGGUUUAAGAAAACAAACAUUGAUUUUAAACCGAUCAUGACGUACUGACGUAUAGUGUGUCAAGGAUACACCUAAACAUUCUUAUGAUUCGACUGAUCCUCACAUUAUUCUCUCAAUAUUCUGCAAAUUCAUUUAUGGAAAUCUCAGUAAAUAUGUUUAAACCUAGAGCAGUAGAGCCUCUUCCUCAACUCUUGUAUAUAAGCUCUUGUAAUGUCGUAUGAAUAAGAAUUAGAAAAACUUACACAGUGUGGUGGUUUAAACUAAUGUUAUUUUGAGAAAUCAUGUAACAAGAACCAAGUAAAUUACAUGGAGGAUAGAAAACCUUAAAACACCCAAAAAGUAUUAAAGAAAACGCUUACAUAAUCAAACUUCUAUGCUAGGCUGAGAAUAUUUAGCUUUCAAAACUUUGUAUAAAACCUGCUUUUUAAUCUUUUGGAGGAUGUCCCAAUGUCACUUUUAUCAUAUAUUUUAUCUUCAGAAUCAAACUACAUCUUCAUAUCUUACUUUAGGCACAAGCUCUUAAGUUUUUUCCUCUUCUCAAUCUCCACAAGAACCCACUAAAAGCGUUUCCUCUUGUCCCUGAUGAGUCUAGUGAGGUCUACCCUUGCUGCUAAAAUCAACUUUGUAGCCAAGAUCUCACAUGCAUCAGACCGAAACUCAGAAGACGUGUUUAAGACAAUCUCUUCUCAAAACAAUCCACAAGACCCCCCCAACAGAACUCUUCUUCAUCUUCUAUCCAUCAAGUAGUUGAGUAGGAGACAAGUUAGCAAGUUUUGAUAAACCUCUUACCAUGAUCUUGGCUGCAAAGAAUCCAAAAGAGGUUCCUUCAUAUCUGAUCACUACUUCAAACAAAAAAAAACUUAUUUCAGAAAACCUUGAUCAGAGUUGAGAUUAAUUUUGAUUACUAGGGGUUUAUGGGUUAUAUGUAGAGGAAAAAGAGUCUUAAACCGAUCCAAUAAGAAAUAAAAAAAAGGAAAAGAGUAACAAGACCAAUAUGUAAAUCUUCUUCUUCAAUUCGGAAGUGAAAUCCUAAUUUUGAAUAUUUCUGAGAAAUUAAGUAGUUAAGGAAAUAUUAACGAAAUUUUUUCCUUAUAAUAUUAUUUUAGGAAAUUUUAUUUUUUCCUUUUCUUUGGUCAGAGGAACUUUUCUAUAGUCUCUCAAAAUCCCCUAGUAAGGUAUCAUUCCUUUUUAUAUCAUAUUAUUUUAGUAAAAUAUCUUCUAAUUAGUUAAGUUCAUAAUUUUAAAGAUUUUAAAUUCAUUUAUUACUAAAAAAAAUACAUAUGUUCUUGGAUUGUAGAUUUAUGAUCCUAUAAUACACCUCUAUAAUUAUUACUUCUGUAAAACCUAUAUUCUUCAUGGCUAAGAGACAGGCUCUUCUGGUUAACAUGAGAAACAAAAUAAAGGAGCUGGAGGUGAAGAUGGCGGAGACUAGCUUAACCAAUGAGGAUGCUAUGGAAGAGAAACAACUUUGUGACAGUAUCACAAAAGUCAGAGUUCCUAUGAGCAAAGCAUUUUCAAACUUCAAUUUCGUGACUAUAAUCAACCUAAGUUAUACCAACUUAGAGAAUGAAGGUACUAUAGCUCUAGUAAACGCUCUCGAGAACUCUGCUCCAUCUCUUAAAGCUAUAGAAAUGGCUGGAAACAACAUAACCUAUGAGGCGGCUCCAGAUAUCUCAGCUUGUUUGGCAGCAAAGAAGCAUCUCAAAAGGUUGAACUUGUCGAAUAAUGACCUUAAAGAUGAGGGAUGUUUUGAGAUUGCUUAUAUUAUGGAACCUUUGGAGGUGAAAUACGUUGAUAUGAGCAGCAAUAACCUGACCAGAGAAGGAGCAUUGAGCUUGGCUCUUGUUGCUGUCAAGAAAGAAGGUUUCGAGAUGUUGAACAUUGAUGGGAACAUGAUUUCAUUUGAAGGCAUAGAGGAAAUUAUGGAGAUAUUCAAGAAUUGUCCUAAGUUACUUGGACCGUUUGAUGAUAAUGACCCUUAUGAAGGUGAUGAAGAUUAUGGGUAUGAUGAUGAUCAAGAGUGGGAAAGUGAGAGUCUUCAUGAAGAUUUUGAAGAUGAAUUUGUGAGUGUGUUUUACUUUUAUUAGUUUGUAAUGUAUUAGUAGAGAUUUGGGAUUAUGUUAUUUCAAAUUCAAACGCUAAGGUAUAUUACAUGUUAUAAUGGAAUAAGUUACAUUGGCAGGAA